UUCACGGACGUCGACGUCGACCGCGACGAUGCCGAAAUGAAGCCCAAGUCGUCCCUGACGAUAUGUCGGCCCGCGCGCUACUACACGCGAAAGAGUACUCGUCCCUGCUCCCUCACAAUGCGGCAGCACGAUUUUCGGGGCGAAGUCGACGUUCGCAUCGUCCCCAUGCCGUUCGCCGGCAUGUUGCCGGGCCCAUACGACGUCUCCUCACGCAUCCAGAUGAGGGGAGACUAUCGCCAAUCGCGGCGAGGUUAUCCUUUGACCCUAAUCCUCGAUUUUCAGCUCAUCCAGCGGGUCUGA